AUGCCGAAUGCUGUGGUGGAAAGGAUUGACGAGCGUCUGAACUUGAUCCCAAAAGAAUCCAAGAAAAUUCAGAAGAAAAAGUCCAUGAAUAUGGAGGGAGUGUUCUUGCAUGUUUUGGGCGAUGCUUUAGGAAACAUUGGUGUCAUCAUUACCGCUCUUUUCAUUUGGAAGACAGAUUAUUCAUGGAGAUUCUAUAGUGAUCCACUAGUCUCUUUGUUGAUCACAGUUAUAAUCUUCUCUUCUGCUUUGCCAUUGUGUCGCAAGGCAUGCAAAAUCUUGUUGCAAGCAACCCCUCCUGACUUGAACACUAAUGCCAUUAUGAAGGAAAUUACUCUUUUACCAUCUAUUAAAUCCAUUCAUGACUUUCAUGUGUGGAACUUGAACGAGGAGUUUCUGAUUGCAUCAAUCCAUAUUGAAUUGAAUGAUACCGAGAAUCACACAGCUAAUUCAGGUGACGAACAUAUCAACAAGAUUUCAUUUGUUGAGACUGUUGCGCAAGUGAGACAAAUUCUCUACAAGUAUCACAUCAACAGUGUCACUAUUCAGCCUGAGUUCUCCUCCAUCACUGAGGGUACUCUUUGCGGUGCUCCUACUGUCUCCCAAUGCUAA